AAGUUGGAGGCCAACCUUAAUCAUCAUACAAAUACCCGAAAACCUGGUUGUCGGGUGCCGAAUCUCGAUCUUUCACUCACAUCUCUGUGAGUCUGUGUUGCCCGAUAAUUUCCAACUCACGGCGUAUCACCAUUCCCCUUCGUCUGGGCCCUUGCGUGAGAACCUUGAUGGCUGGGUGCUGAAGACUUUGCUAGUUUGUUCAUCCCACCUUCUGAGCGAGGGUAGGAACUCUUGGCAUCGAAUAUUUGGGCGGGGUCUGAACUCGGGUUUGAAAACUGAGAAAGAAAUUGCGUCAGAUGCAAACUUCAACGCUGCAAAAGAACUGAUCAGUGAAAGCAGAGUCGAAAAGUGUCAAACGAUCAUCGUUUCCAUCUGGUCCAUCGGCUUAAACUCUCUCCGCCUAGGCCGAGGCAAAACCCAAAUUGAACUCGAGCACGAUUUUAAAUAUGAGUACCUGGUGGAACCCUUGAUUGAUCGGAUAUCUCUGCCAUCAGGAUUUUUAUUCCGUCGUGUUACCAUCACACAAACCUGAGCAGCUGACUGGACCCUUGUUCCUUACCCCCACGACCCAUUGUGUGAUGCUGUGUGAUUGUGGUAAGCAGCACAAGGUCACACCCAUCACAUCAUUGGCCCCAGCCGGAACGCUAACAGAAAUCAAGCUUAAAGGCGCGGAAUUCCUGCUAGUUAUCCCUUACGUGAUGUGCGCUCAAGAAACUCCAAUUCGGAUGCAGGUACCGAUUGAGCCCGGCCCGGCACGAGCAGGUGGUCUGAGCGAAAACCCCGCA